AAUAAAAAAUAAAUAUGAUCAACAAUGGCUGAAGAAUCCUCAAAGGAUAGACGCAUAUAUGAUGCGCUAUCAGAGAUUAUGCGAUGAUCAGCAUAUUUCAUUAAUCAUCACUAACUGGAAUGGAAGGCAAUCAAACGUGAAUUUUUACAGCUUUCACGCUUAUUGUUAAUCCUGCGUUCAUGCACUCUGAUUCAGUACUCGCUGUACGCGCCAAUAUCUUGCUUAGGAUGUAGAAUAGACAAAAGACGAAAAUGAAAGCUUGGUUGGCGCCUAGGUUUGCUGGGAACGGUUGUUGCGGUUACUUGGGAGAUAAAGAUCCAAGAGUUCAAAUCUGAGUUUGUUACUUGAUUUUUAUUUUGUUUGUUAUUUGGAGUAAAUUCCAGAUGACUAUAAAUUGGAGUAUGAUUUGUAAUUGGAUGGUUUUUGGGAUUCAAUACAAUUUUAUCAGAUUUCUCUAUCUCUCUCAUCUAAAAAUCUCCCAAUUCUCCCCCAAUUUCUGCCAUUCUCUUCUCCAUUUUCUGCAAUUGCUCUCUUCUGCCUGUUUUUUCUUCAAAUUAUCAGGUUUAUUCAUUAUAGUUGUAAUGGAGGAUCGCUUUAGAAGCUUGGAGGCUCAAGUCGUCGAACAAGGAAGCAAGAUAGAUUCAAGAUUACAGUCCGUGGAAGCAAGAUUACAGUCCGUGGAAGAUACGAUCCAGGAGUUCAAAUCAGAGAUGUUUGCACAGUUUGCUGGCUGGAAAUCUGAGAUGACCGAGCUACUGCGGCAGAAUCGACCACCAUCCCCUGUAAUAGAUCCAUCUUCUGCACAUGGGCGGGGUCAAACAAGCCUUCCGAAUCAAGGGGAAGGAAGCCAAAUGCCUGGAAGGAGACCGGGAAAGGAGCCUGCAGUGCAGAAUGACCCUGAGAAUCCUGAAAUUGUGGUGGAAGAUGAGGGCCUAGGGGAAAACACCCAUGCAUUUCAGAUUGGCCAAAGGGUUGAUGAUCUGGAUUGGGCUCCAAGAAGAGGCAAUUUGGAGGUUAGGCAGCAAGCUCAGGGCCAUGGAGGUGACAAUUUCACGAGCCCCAGGUUCAUUACACCGUUAUCUCUUUCCGGGCCAUCCGAGGCGGAUCUUCAAAGAAAUGCAGAACUCGAGAAGUUUUUGAGGGAUUCAGGAGUAUACGUGAAGGAGGAAGAAGCUGCAAUGAGAAAAGAGGUGCUAUGCAAGCUUGAUCAGAUUGUAAAGCGCUGGGUGAAGCAAUUGGCCCGCCAGGGAGGUUACACAGAUCAAAUGGUGGAAGAUGCAAAUUCUAUAAUAUUCACUUGUGGAUCUUAUCGGCUUGGAGUUCAUGUGCCUGGAACUGCCAUUGAUACAUUGUGCAUCGGGCCUUCUUAUGUUAAUCGGGAAGUGAGUUUCAAAUUGUGGCCAACUUUGUGUAGUUCAAUAUGGUUACUUCUAGCAUUGUUCAAAGAGUACUGCUUCUGUUUCUAUCUACAGGAGGAUUUCUUUACUAUUCUACGUGAUAUUUUAGCCAAAAUGGAAGAAGUUACUGAAAUCCGGUGUGUCCUUGAAGCACAUGUCCCUGUUAUGAAAUUCAAAUUUCAAGGAAUAUCAAUUAAUCUCCUUUAUGCAAGCAUCUCUCUGAUGGUUGUCCCUGAGGAUUUGGACAUUUCAGACUGUUCUGUGCUGUACAAUAUUGAUGAAACAACUCUUCAAAGUCUCAAUGGGUGCAGGGUUGCUGGUGAGCUUAUGAAACUUGUUCCCAAUGUUGAGUACUUCCAAAUGACACUCAGAGCUUUGAAAUUUUGGGCCAAAAUCCAUGUGGUUUAUUCAGAUGUGACUGGAUUUCUUGGUGGUACAAGCUGGGCUGUUUUGGUUGCUCACAUUUGCCAGCUUUAUCCUAACGCAAUUCCCAGCAUGCUAGUUUCACGGGUUUUCAGAGUCUAUACACAAUGGCAUUGGCCAAAUCCUGUGAUGCUAUGCCCUAUAGAACACAAUGAGCUCAGUUUUCUUCCUUGGGAUCCACGCAAAAACCCCGAAGAACAAACACAUAGAAUGCCAAUCAUCACUCCUGCAUACCCUUGCAUGAAUUCCAGUUCCCAUGUCUCAGCAUCUACUCUUUCAGUACUGAUGAGUCAGUUUCAGUUUGGCAGUGAAAUUUGUGAGGGCAUUGAGUCGAGUGCUGCUCAAUGGGAUGCUCUUUUUGAGCCCUAUUCUUUCUUUGAGGCAUUCAAGGAUUUUGUUCAGGUUGAUAUCGUUGCAGCAGAUGAUAAUGACUUGUUAAGUUGGAAAGAGUGGGUGGAGUCAAAGCUUGUAGAACUUACACUUAAGAUAGAGACUGUCACUAAUGGAAUGAUGCACUCCCAUCCUAACCCAAAUGCUUUUGUGGACUCAUCCAAGCCACACCCUCAUUUUGCAUUUUUCAUCGGUUUGAUGAGGAACCGAGAAGCAGCAAAAAGGCGACGGGUGCUUUAUAUUCGUGGGGCUGUGGAAGAGUUUAGACGCGAAAUAAGUAGGUAUACUUGCUUGAAACCAGGCAUGGAAAUCUCUGUCUCUCAUGUUCUCAGGAACCAAAUUCCUGCUUUUGUCUUUCCUGAAGGUCACACAAUACCUUAGUGCACCUAAGAAACCUGUCUGAGGUCACACAAUACCUUAGGUGUAAUCUGUCACGGGGAACCAACAGAGCUACCGUAGUGCAAUGUUCAUUGUAUUGGAACAUUUCUUUUCUCUGUACAAAAGGAAUACUUAUCAUGUGAAAGGAAGAAUUGAAGCAUAUUUUCUUUGGAUGGAAUUUUA